AUGCGGCUAAAAUAUUAUAAGACGAUAUUAGAAGCACAUGAUUCCGAUAGUCCCAUAGCAGCUAUAAGUUGGUCUCCGAAUAAUGCGAAAUUAGCAGUAGCGACCAGCGAGCGUCUUGUUUAUUUGUUUGAUCGCGAUGGGACGCGUCGCGAUAAAUUUAGUACUAAACCAGCAGAUCCUAGUGCUGGGAAGAGAUCGUAUAUAAUUAAUAGUAUAAUGUUCAGCGAAAAUUCAGAACUGCUUGGGGUGGCGCAAAGUGACAAUAUGGUAUUCGUUUAUCGCGUGGGUGCCGACUGGAGUGGAAAGAAAGUGAUCUGUAAUAAAUUUCCAUUGACUGGAGUGCCGUUGCAUCUAUUGCCCGCCGAAAAUGGUUUUUUUACUGGGACCAGCGAUGGAAAAAUAAGGUUGCUAGAUUGUAAGAGCAACAAGAGUUCAAGUCUUUGGUCUGUCGGGUCGUGCUGUGUGUCUCUCGCGCGCAGCCAGGAUGCAACUCUAGCGUCGGGCCAUAUCGAUGGUACCAUCUACGUUAACGGUCGUCUCCUUUUACGUUACACUCUUCCGCCUACCUCACUCGUCUUACUUACUCCCUACCUUCUUGUUGGUGCCUGCGAUGGUAGAGUAACGGUGUACGAUGCUCAAAAAGGCAUAAUGCUGAGGAACAUUGAACCUACUCUACCACCAGAUAAGAAGGAUUUUAUAUCGGCAAUCCCUAAUCCUUCAGGUCAGACUGUCGCAUUCGGUAUUUUCGACGGCUGUCUUAUCGGUGAAGUGAAGGAAUCUGGUACUGUUGAGUUCUCGCCUGUUAGCCUACCCAACAUGUAUGCAACGCGAGGGCUUGCGUGGAGCGGUGAUGGUACUAAGCUGGCUCUUACUUCGCAGACAGGCGCUGUCAUUGUAUUAGAAGCUGUGCUUAAAUGUUGGGUUUGGCGCGAAUCAGUCGAGGUGCAGCACGUGAGCGCGAGGCAGCUGCUUCUGAAAAGGCUCGUGGGAGACGCGCCAACUCUUACUGUUACAUCUAGGCACGGAGACAUAUUUACAGUCAAAUUUAUAGGCCACGAUUGGUACGCGGUCUGCCGAACAGCUAGCACAUUGAUACUUUGCGAUAUAGCCCGUGGAUUGACCAGCGAAAUAUCCUGGUCUGGAACGGGCGAGCGGAUAUACGCUGCGGUGGGCGGUGCGUGUCUGUUACACCGGGCCGGGGAGCUCAGCGUUGUCGAAUAUGGCUUGGACAAAGUUCUGCAUACGGUACGCACAGAACGGGUCAAUCCGCACGUGUUGAGCGUGCGCAUCAACGAAAGAGAUCACAGCGAUAAUCGCAAGCAUCUCGCGUACUUACUCGAUAGGCAAACACUUGCUGUCGUAGACCUGGUAACUGGUACACAGUUAGGUCAUUGGUGGCACGAGGCUCGGAUCGAUUGGCUGGAGCUUAAUGAGAGCGGACAUUUGUUAUUACUUCGGGACACCAGGCGACGACUCGCGCUACUGCGUGUGGAUACAGGCGAUAAGGAAAUAAUAGCAAGCGGAGUCAGUUUCGUCCAGUGGAUAGAGAAUAGUGAUGCAGUCGUGGCUCAGACGCCCACACAUUUGUUAAUUUGGUACAGUGGCUGGGAGGCGAACUGUGUUGAAAUGUGCGAGUGUGGAGGGGGGACGGUGGUGGAGGUAAUCGACAGGAAAGUUUCCCUUGAAGGCGGACAUCUGCCCUACGUGACUCUCGAUGAGCAUAGACUUGCUUUUAAUAAUGCUCUACGAAAUGGUGACUUGUCGGGUUGUGCGCAAUAUCUUGAGUCUGUCAAUACGAGUGCUGAUGUGGCGUCCCUGUGGCGACAGCUUGCUGAAAAAGCUCUGGAUAAGCAAGAUAUUCAGCUGGCAGUAAAAUGCUAUCAAGGUUUGGGUGACGAGGCGAGAUCCUUUUAUCUGGAUAGCGUUGUCCAGUUAGCGGCUUCUGAAGGUGGAGGGGAUAUUACUACUGUACCUGUAGUAGAAAGAAAUCUUUCAGGCUUAAGAAAUCCGUUAGUACAAGCGAAACUCGCCAUAUUUUCGGGCGAUCUAACGACAGCGGAGGAGUGGUAUGUGAGAAGAGCAAACCAUCCCGAAAUGGCUAUCAAUAUGUACAAGCAAUUUAAUAAGUGGACAGAAGCUAUAACACUGGCUGAAAGAAUUGACAGAGCCUCUGUUCCAGCGUUAAAACAACAAUAUAUGGAUUAUUUGAAUUCCACUGGUCGUAAAGGAGAAGUGGGCGCAGUACUAGCGGCGAGCGGUGACGUUCGCGGUGCGAUCAAGGUCUGGAUACUCGCUGGGCGGGCGAGACGCGCGGCGACCGCGAUGCUACAGCACCCGGCUUUGUUACGCGAUGACGAGCUGUUACAUGCUGUGCACGAUCAACUUGUGCAGGCGGGUAGACUAGAUGAGAUAUAUAAAUGGUAUCGUUUUCUGGACAUUAAAUGGAUGAAACAAAAUCCACCACCACCACUACCGUCCAUGGAUACCAAGGAGGAAUGGUGGGAAAUGGCCGGUGAGAUAUCGGAGAGGCGUGGAGACAAUAAAACAGCGGUUGAGUACUACGCGAGAGGCAAUAACUACGCCAGGGCGGUGCAGCUCGCGAGGGAAGCUUGUCCCGGGGAAGUUACUCGUCUAGAGGGCGAAUGGGGAGCAUGGCUUGUAUCUACACGACGGGCAGCAGCAGCUGUACCUCAUCUCAUAGAGGCCGGCCUUACUAGGGAAGCCCUGUCGGCAGCUAUAGAGGCACAUCACUAUAAAAAAGCAUUACAGAUUGUUCAGGUAAUAGCUGACAAAGAUUCGAUUCGUGAAGAAUGUGAACGUCUGGGCGAGCAUUUUAUAACGGUCCAGGAAUGGGAAACAGCCGAACGUGUCCUAAUUUCCUGCGGUAUGGCUAACCGAUGCGUACGCGCAUACAAUGCUGCUGGAAAGAUAACCGAUGGUUUGCGUGUGGCUACAGCACAUCUUUCGGAAGAGGAGACGCGGGACAUUUUUAUACCAUUAGCAAAGCAGUUAAGAGAUGACGGUCAGCUGAGGAAGGCCGAGCAGAUUUAUAUAGGACUCGGUGAUCCUGAUGAAGCUAUUUCAAUGUAUAAGGACGCAUCUCAAUAUGAAUCGAUGCUACGCCUCGUAGCUGCUCACCGUAGCUCGCUCGUAGAAGCUACGCGACGCCAUGUAGCACAAGCGUUACACGCCGCGGGAGAUCUGCGAGCUGCUGAAAACUAUUACAUACAAGCUGAUGACUGGAAGAGCGCAAUUGCAAUGUACCGUAAUAGUGGUCAAUGGGAAAAUGCUGAACGCGUUGCCCGUGCGCACGCUCCUGUCCCCGUGCAGCAGCAAACCGCGCUGCAAUGGGCGGCAACGCUUUCUGCUGCUUCUGCGGCUCGUUUACUUGCUGCUAGGGGUCUCGCCUCGAUUGGUGCACGCUGGGCCUUACAAGCACAAAGAUGGGAUAUAGCAACUGAGUUGAGUUCUCUUGGUGGUGGUAUAACGAAGCGUGAGAUAGCAAGGCACGAAGCAGCCGCACUAGCUGAUGAACAGCCGGAGGAGGCAGAAGCCGCUUUCCUUAGAGCUGGUGCACCAGAAGAUGCUGUAACAAUGUGGCUCGCUAGAGGACAUCACCAAAGGGCGCUUGUUCUAGCUGAACAGCACGCUAAACAUAUGGUGGAGGACGUGUUAGUGGAGGGGGCUCGGGCAGCCGCCGAACGCGGUGACUUGCAGCAGUUCGAGACUCUCAUGAUACGAGCGAAUCGACCACGUGACGUGGUCCAACAUUAUAAGCUACUCGAAUUGUGGGAGGAAGCUGGGCGCGUGUCUCGUGAAUACUUACCGGAGGGCCAGGAGUCCGUGCCUCCUGCUGUUCCGCCGCUACUACAGCGAGCAGCAGAUCAUGCUGAUCGGGGUGAAUGGUGGGAAGCUGUUCGACUUUUGGUCGGUGCGAGCGCCGCGGCUGCCUCGGGUGGUGCAACGCGCCUCGCCGAACGUGCCGCGCUGCGAGCCACUCGCCUCGCUCGAGACAAAUUAGUCGGCGAAACACGACGCGCUGCUGCAGAUAUGCUUGUUGAGAGAUUUGAUGCUAUAGGCCAAAGUGAAGUUGGUGAGCAAUUACGCGCCGCACUCUUAGAGGGAGUUGAGAACGAUGCUCCAGGUACGUCAAAAGAUUAUGAAGACGAAUCUGAACCUACUGUCGAGGUCAGAGAGCCAGAAUUAGACGUCGAAAGCUCGGCGUUAGAACGAUUGGCGGCGGCUGGCCAGUGGCAGCGGUGCCUUGCGCAUGCGGGUGCGCGUGCGCCGCACUAUGCGUUACGUUACGCUGCACACAUAUUCAAAACGCACUCACGUCUAGAAGGCGUUGAUAUAGAAAGUGCAGACAUACCGGAAGCCCUGUCACAAGUACUAGAUACACUGCGGCAGUACCUGAUAUUAGACGAUGGAGCACAAGGUGUACCGAGUAUUGACGCUAAUCUGGCGAAGGCUGUAUGCAACGAGAUACUGGUGCGGGUGUCAAUGUCUCCUAAAGCAGUCAACGCUAUAGUGGACUCUGCUGAUGUACUUGUCGCUGCCGGUGCAGACGACAGAGCUAUUCAGGCGAUCACGUUAUUGUUGGGUCUGCACGUGCCUCAGAUUGCGUCGAAAGCGGCACGAGCUUUACUGCGCUAUACCGAUAUUAUUGUGGCUGAUGUUGCGUUCUACGCGUCUGGUGUAAUCAUACGUGAGGAAGGUAAUGCCGGAGCGAGGGAGGCCUUCGUUAUUCUCAACCAUUGCUUGGAUUUGGCGGAAGCGGCCGACGAGGAUUCACAAAAUUUACUAGAUUACACGGACUUCGAAUGUACGGAUUGGUCCCGUGAGCCGCUUCUCUUGGAACGAGCUUGUGUCCAAGGUGAGACAUUGGACGCACUUCGAGACUGGGUUCUGGCGCUAUCAAUGGACAGAGAUGUCGAGCAAACCCUUCCGGUAGACAGUCGUGGAUGGUAUGCCCCAAAGGUGGCGGAAGGCGAAUCGUGCUGCAUUCUUACAGGAUAUCCUCUCGGAUCGAGGCUUGUAACUUUUACUAAUGGUCGGUGCGCUAACCGCGAAUGGUGGUCACGUGUCUCGCAAGCGGUGCGGAAUGGAAACCCGACGGCUUCGUCAAUAAUUCAGCACGUCACCAAGUGGUGUGGACCCGCAGACUUCUCUCAUAUUUAA